AUGUACCAACAUAGUAAGAAAUGUUUUACCAUCGAAUCCCUGGUUGGGAAAGACUUGAACUCUUCGACUACCGGGGACGAACCGAUCAGACCCACAGCGCUGAGGUUCACGGAAUCAAUUCACCCGGCGCCCUUUGGGAGUUGUUUCCAGAACUCCGGCAGGACUUUAUACAGCAGUCCAGACAUGAUGUUCCCUGACCCGGGUACACACACAGGGAACUCCGGUAUGCCCCUGCAUCCUCUCCAGCUUCCAUCGCAGCCUUUCUUCAACCCGCAUCAGAGAGACACGUUGAAUUUCUACCCGUGGGUUCUUCGAAACAGAUAUCUCGGACACAGGUUCCAAGGUAAGCGAACAACUACUUUAAUUUAAUGAAUAUUCCAAAGUUAUUUUCAAUAAUAUCAUAUAUUUGGGCAUAUCCUUGUUAUUGCAUGGUUGAAAAAGACACGUAUGGGGACAUAUUACAAUGACCGUACGCAUUAGAACUCUAUAGUUCACUGAUGGAAGAAAUGUCCUUAUGAUCCCUGAACAUGCUAGGUAUGGUAUUUUAUUAAGGAAACAAAUAAUGUCUAAAAGGGUAGUAAAUAAAGCAACAAAAACAGGAUCAAUGCAAAUUAUUAAAACUACUGAAAUCUGUUUGCAGAGGAAAACGUUUAAACAUCCAACUAUAGUUAAUUUCUUUCUUAAGUUAGGUCUAUGCAUUAUUGGUAAAUUUUCAGAGAUUGGACGCAUUAAAAUAAAUAGACUAUAUUGUUUAUUUUUAUUCAUUUAAAAUGCACAUCGAAGCCAUUGCACUUUCUUAUAAUGUAUGUUCCCAAAAAGUUGAUAGGAGAUCAAAUGUCUAAUACGUUGAAUAAUAAUAAUAACACUAGGGUAAAUUAAUUUAAAUGUGUAAGCUGUAUGCAAUUGUUCAAAUAAAAUAAUAUAAAAUAAGAACAAUAUUUAUCUAACAAAUAGGCCUAUAAUCAAGAUUUAUUUCCCAUUUGCCUACCCAUUCGAUUUAGGUUUUGCACCAUUCAGAAAGUUUAAUUGUAAGCAGUGGUGGGAAAAGUACCUAAAUUGUCAUACUUGAGUAAAAGGAAAGAUACCUUAACAGAAAAUGACUCAAGUUAAAGUGAAAGUCACCCAGUAAAAUACGACUUGAAUAAAAGUCAAAACGUAUUUGUUUUUAAAUAUAUCUAAGUAUAAAAAGUAAAUGUAAUUGCUAAAAUAUACUUAAGUAUCAAAAGUACAAGUAUAAAUCAUUUCACAUUCCUUAUAUUAAGCAAACCAGACGGCACGAAUUUUUUUUGUUUUUUGUUUUUUUAAUUUACGGAUUCCUAGGGGCACACUCCAAAACUCAGACAUAAUUUACAAACGAAGCAUUUGUGUUUAGUGAGUCCGCCAGAUCAGAGGCAGUAGGGAUGAUCAGGGAUGUUCUCAUGAUAAGUGCCUGAAUUUGACCAUUUUCCUGUCCUGCUAAGCGUUCAAAAUGUGACGAGUACUUUUGGUGUCAGGGAAAAUGUAUGGAGUAAAAAGUACUUUAAAGUAUUUUUACUUAAAUACUUUACAUCACUGAUUAUAAGGAUUUUUUUCUCUCAAAUAUUUAGAUAUAAUUAACUAAUAUUUAAUUGGAUAAUUUAAUAUGAACGUUAUUUGGAUUAAAAGUAACAAAAGACAGGAAUAUUGUAAUAUUAUUAGUUUAUAAUAAUAUUAUAGUAUUAUAACAAAUAAUAACAGCUAUAAUCAACAAUCAACAAAUAAUAACAAUAUUAUUUAAUUCAAAUUUGCUUUGUGUUCAACUUUAGAUUUAAAGGCUGCACAUUUCUGAUAAGACAAUAACUAUUUGAAAAUGGGCCCGAUAUAUAAAAGUCUUUAGCAUCCAAAUAAAGCCAUGAGAGAAAUUGAAUAUUGGAUAAUCUCAGUAUUCAGUGACCAAAACCUUAAAUAUUCUCACUCAAGCUAUUUGCAGUGGAUACUUGCAAUAAAUGGUGAACAUCCUUACUAACUGAUGUUGGGCGGUCCUCAAAAACAAAGCAAUUUGUUAAACCAGACAGAUCAAUAACUUUCAACGCUCAUCUCGUUGACUCAGUGGACAGCAGUGGUUAGCCACAUCAGGUGUGCUGUCAGGUAUGUUACUCUCUGAUCAGCCAGCCCAGGGCCGUAUUCACAGUGUCUCAGAGUAUUUUUUAUUUUUUUUAUUUUAUUUCACCUUUAUUUAACCAGGUAAGCCAGUUGAGAACAAGUUCUCAUUUACAACUGCGACCUGGCCAAGAUAAAGCAAAGCAGUGCGAUAAAAACAACAACACAGAGUUACAUAUGGGGUAAACAAAACAUAAAGUCAAAAAUACAACAGAAAAAUAUAUAUACAGUGUGUGCAAAUGUAGCAAGUUAUGGAGGUAAGGCAAUAAAUAGUGCAAAAUAAUUACAAUUAGUAUUAACACUGGAAUGAUGGAUGUGCAAGAGAUGAUGUGCAAAUAGAGAUACUGGGGUGCAAAUGAGCAAAAUAAAUAACAAUAUGGGGAUGAGGUAGUUGGGCGGGCUAAUUUCAGAUGGGCUGUGUACAGGUGCAGUGAUCGGUAAGGUGCUCUGACAACUGACGCUUAAAGUUAGUGAGGGAGAUAAGAGUCUCCAGCUUCAGAGAUUUUUGCAGUUUGUUCCAGUCAUUGGCAGCAGAGAACUGGAAGGAAUGACGGCCAAAGGAGGUGUUGGCUUUGGGGAUGACCAGUGAGAUAUACCUGCUGGAGCGCAUACUACGGGUGGGUGUUGCUAUGGUGACCAAUGAGCUAAGUAUGAGUGCAGAUCUAGGAUCAGUUUUGCCUUUUAGAUCAUAAUGAAUAAGAUUAAUGUGGACAAGGGGGGGGGGACCUGAUCCCAGAUCAGCACUCCUCCUCUUUAUGGUCCUGUCCAGGUAACCUUCAGGGUGUACUUCAGUCAGGUAAUCAGUGGGAGUCAGAGAUUGUUGUCACUGUUGCUCAGAUCAGGAGCUCAGAUAAAGUGUCUUUGUUUACAGACACAGCAGAUCCACUCACUGAUGGUGUCCAAUAACCAUGAAAACUAAUGUUUAGACAAGGCUAACUACAGACAGGAGGAUUGAGAGGAGAGGAUUAGCCAUCAUGACUGUCACUUACUGUUAGGGAUGGAUGGGAGAUGUAUUUUCUUUCAUACUCCCCCACUUCCUGAGAGGUUGAGAGAGUGAGAGAGAGAGAGAGAGAGAGAGAAAGAAAGAGAGGAGAGAGAAAGAGAGGAGAGAGAAAGAGAGGAGAGAGAAAGAGAAAGAGAUGGAGAGGAAGAGAGAAAGAACGAUAGGAGAGGGAAAGAGCAGGAGAGGGGGCUACUCGAGAAAGAGAGGAUUAGAACGAUCUAGACUAUCGAUAGAAAGACGCCCACCCUCCGCAGCCGUCUCAGCAUCUGCAGCGCCUCUCUCCCUCUGUGCUCUCCUCGCUCUCUUCUCGCUCUCAUCUUCUCGCCUUCUCUCGCUCUCUCGUCCCUCUCUGCUCGCGCUCUUCUCUCUCGGCUCUCUCUCUCGCUCCUCGUCCGCUCUCUCUCUCUCGUCUCGCUCCUCUCUCUCUCUCUCUCUCGUCGCUCUCCUCUCUCUCCUCUUCUCUCUCGCUCUCUCCUCUCUACUCUCUCGCUGCUCGAGUCUCCUCUCUCAUGACUCAUCUCCUCAUGAUAUAGUCUCAGUACUCGCGUCCUCGCGCGUCAGAUCGCUCCGCAUCGUCGAUAGAGAAUGAGAGAGCUAGAGCGACUAGAGAUAAGCAAGAAAGGUGAGCGAGAUAGCAGAGAGAGCGAGAUGCGCGAGAGAGAGUAGCGAGAGCGCUCUGAUAGACUAGAUAGUAGAGAAGAAAGAGAAUGUAAUAGAAAGAUGAGAUCGUGAGUAUGAAGAGAGAGCUCUCUCUCCUCUCUUCUCUCCGCCGCUCUCUCUCUCUCUCUCUUCGCUCCUCUCUCGCUCUCGCUCUCUCUCUUUCUCUCGCUUCUCUCUUUUCCUCUCUCGCUCUCUCUCUCUGCUCCUUCUCUCUCUCUCUUCUUCUCUCGCUCUCGCGUCUCUUCGCUCUCUCUCUCCGCUCCGCGCUCUGAGCACUUCUUUUUCGUCCUACACAUUUCGCACUCUUCUAUUGGGGUGCAUUUCAGUUUCGCCUUUGGGUGAUUUCAGUGUGUAACUCUUUCAUGGCUGUGUUGGGGCAUUUCAGUGUCACCUUUGGGUGCAUUUCCGUGUGUAACUUUGGGUGAAUUUCAGUGUGUAACCUUUGGAGUGCAUUUCAGUGUGUAACCUUUUGGGUGCAUUUCAGUGUGUAACCUUUUGGGUGCAUUUCAGUGUGUAACCUUUUGGGUGCAUUUCAGUGUGUAACCUUUGGAGUGCAUUUCAGUGUGUAACCUUUGGAGUGCAUUCAGUGUGUAACCUUUGGGUGCAUUUCAGUGUGUAACCUUUGGAGUGCAUUUCAGUGUGUAACCUUUGGAGUGCAUUUCAGUGUGUAACCUUUGGAGUGCAUUUCAGUGUGUAACCUUUGGAGUGCAUUUCAGUGUGUAGCCUUUGGAGUGCAUUUCAGUGUGUAACCUUUGGAGUGCAUUUCAGUGUGUAGCCUUUGGAGUGCAUUUCAGUGUGUAACCUUUGGGUGCAUUUCAGUGUGUAACCUUUGGGGUGCAUUUCAGUGUGUAGCCUUUGGGGUGCAUUUCAGUGUGUAUGGGAUUGUUAUGGGAUUGUUAUCAUCAGGAAGGAGGGCAGAUAGUUCAUUCACCCAUCUCAUCUCCCCAUGGUCUGAUGGUCUGGAGGUUUGCUUUGACACGUUUUUAUUCAUUAGGAGGUGUUGAAUGUCAGGAGAUACGUGCCGGAGGUUAACUGAUAGGAUAACAGGGCAUUGUAAACAUUCUAUUCCAAACAUAUUGGAUAGUUCAUAGAAUGCUCCUAUUCUUUUAGUUGUUUUAGUCUUUGGUUUAUAAUCAAUCAAUCAAUCACUCAGAUAAAGACGGACUGCAUGAGGAGGAUAAAACAUUAUCAUUACUUGCAUGUAAAAUCCUAAUAGAUUAUAAUUUUGUAUGUAAAGAAUAGUUUAUGCUGGAAUUUAUAGUUUCCUUUUCAUAUUCAAUAAUUAUCUCUCUACAUGUAUACUUUAUAGUCCAUUUAGUGAGAAAUGGAAAUAGACCAUCCCUUAUUUACCGCCAUCCGACUCCCUCCAUAUUCAUCCAUCCAGUGUUAGAAUGAGAGAUUGGCCCCCCCACCACCACCACCCAGUGUGUAGCUGACUGCUGACAAGACCAGUCUUGUUGGGUGCCAGGGGACUGGUGUUACUGGUGAUGAACACAGCUCUCUGGCUGGCGCUGCCAUCUGCUCCCUGGUAGUCAUGUUGGAGGCAUGUCCCCCCCAUGUUCCCGCCACCCGCUGAGGACAGGCCAGAGUGUUGAAGGCUCAUCCCCUGGAGGUUAUUCCCUCUGUGGCAGGGGGCUGAGCCACCAUUACAGUUUAGGGUUAGUAUUCACAAAGAGCCUCAGCGUUGCAGUGCUGAUUUAUGAUCAGGUCCCCCCCUGUCCAUAUCAAUUAUAUUUAUUAUGAUCUAUAAGGCCAAACUGAUCCCAGAUCAGCACUCUUACCGAGCGGAGGACUGAGCAGAACCAGCAUUAGGGUCCAGCCUGGUGAGUUCCUCCCCGGUCUCAGUCUUCUCCGGUGGGAUGUGAGUGGAGGUGACACCACUAACGCCAUAGAACAGAUGAUGCCAGACUGACUGUCUAUCUGACGGGCUAACCCACCAGCCAGAACUAGCAUGGUGCUCACCAGUGUGUGAUAGGAGGGCACAUUCUCAAGGAAAAUCAUAUUGUUUCUUUCCUUAUCAAUAAAUCACUAUAUUAGGUGAAAACGACAAUAGUUACUGCUGUUAAAAAUUAAAGACUUUAACGUGAGAUAUAUAUUACAUUAUUACAAUUUAUUUCAUUCAGCCUGAUGCUGAGAUUUAGAAAAUAUACCACAAAAUGGAGAUACUAUUUAGUUAUUUUAUUUUAUUUUAGAGCAUGGAUCCUAAAACCAGGAAAUCCUAUGACUUCGGUGACAGUGUGGCUUGCUGGUGUUCAGUGCCCCUUGAGACGCAUUAAGACUAAAGCUUUCAUCACCUGCAUCUGUAGUGGAUCUCUAUUGACAUUCUUCUGUUCUACCAGAGCUGUGCUCCUCACAUUCUCUCUCUUCAGAGGUGUCUCUGUUGUUUGUCCUCUGA